UCGACAAUAAUUAGUGACGAUUGACGAUAUCGUAUCAGCCUGGUAUCUUCUUAAUCUAAGUAACCAAUUUAAACGUUAUUAAGUUCGAAAAAUUACCACGUGUAUUCCAUGGAUGACUUGAAUGUUUGAUAUUUUAAUUUGUAAUUUUUUAAUGGUUGAUAUAAAUUUAUCGAUAUGGUGGUUAGUUACGAUGUCAUAAACGCAAAGCUCCGAAACCGACUGGACCACCUGCAACAAAAUCAUGCGAAUCCGAAAGAGAAAUUCCGUUUACUUAAGCGUUACCUGUCGCACUUUGUCAAGUUGGUGCGGUACGGAAGACUUUUUGAGUCAUCAUUCUACGACCACUUACAGAUGAUUGUGUCACACUUGAACGAUCGUUAUCCGAUAGACCUAGAAGCAUUAGGAACGGUUAUUAGAACUCUAUGCGUAAUCUGCUACACAUCAGAGGUUCCUUACCAGAUGGUGAUUAUAGGACUACAGGGUUUACUAGAUAUAUUCGAACGAAUUUCUGGUCAAGAAACUUUGAAUGUUUUACAGUGCUGUAAUUCGCAUAUCAAAAGGUUGAUUUCACAAAUCAAGAAAUUCAAAUAUAUGAAAAUUCAAAUGCAAUUGGUCGAACUGGUUUAUGUCAGUUCGUUAGCCUAUGCUGGCAAGUCGGUCGAACGUAGAGAAUACGUUAAAGGUUUCAUUGGAAUUUUGGGCGAUUUCUGUUUGGAACUUCUUGAUUGGAAGCCGGUUCAAGUGACAGAGGAAUGUCGGAAUUUUCUCAUGAGACUGCACACCCGUAACCCUGAUUUGAAUGUGUUAUCAGUUCCUGUAGAAAGAUUUGGAAUCAAUGAAUAUAACUUCACUAAACUAAACAAUAUGAGCACUCUUUGGCUGGAUUUUAACUUUCGCCCUGCAACCAUUCAUUUUUCAGCAGCGGUUGUUGUUAACCAUGGCAACCAUCGAAACGAGAUGACUAUCAAUGUUGAAGUGUUGCACAGUAGUGUUAGUCAUGUUGAGUUUACUGGCAGUGACGAAGAACCUGGGUUGAAAAUCAGCUACACAGCUAUUUGUUUGAAUCCCGCAGUAAUAAAUGUCGACAAAAAAGGAAGCUUGAUAUUCAGGUUAUCGCCAGAAUUUGAUUACACCCGCUUUCGUACCGAGGUUCUCCCUAGUAUCCAAACUAAUCAAGAAAACGAAGAAAGCUAUGGUCCGUACUCAUUGUGUCUAGACGGUUUGCUAAACAUGUCCUUACAAAACACAUUUCCAUCUGUAUCUGCUACAGCUGCCUCUGUGUUCGACCAAUCGGAAAGACUACAAGAGCACCGAGAGGCCAUCGAACAACACAAGAAAAAUCGGCAGCAAAUAUUAAAUGAUCUUAGCACGGGAGACAGUAACAAAGAGAACGAAAUACCUGCCGACUUUAAUCAUUCUCGUUCGUUGAGCCAGGAUGUUCAGAGAUUACGUGUUUUUGAACCGCUAGUAGAAGAUUGUCAACGGCGAAUAAACCGCGACCUAAAUAGGCAACGCUGUUCGAAUCAGCAAACGGUUGGAAAACGAAGGAUUUCUACCGAAAAGCGAAGUUUAAAAAAAACUGUCGAUCGUCUGAAGAACAACAAACAUGAUACAGAAGAACUUAGAUGCCCCACUGAGCUCGAACAACCCAAAUCGAAUGAAUCGUCGGCCAAAAAACGCAAACUAUAUGCCAAUAAAGUUGAAGAAAAUGAAUUAAAUGCAAGUAAAGACUCGCAGACCCAGCGUAACAUUUUUGUAGAGAGAAAACUAGUGAACACGGUAAAGCCUAUGAAAACCCAAGAGGAAAAAUUUGGCGUUUCUGCAGAAGACCAUGAGUAUGAAAAAUUAGAGACAUCUGCUGAUAUAACAACUUCGGAAGAAUUUCAGCAAUCGCUUAAAGCUUACAUUGAUAAUAAUGGCAUUUUCGGUAUUACACAGCAGAAAAUUCUAGAUAAAAAACUUGAAAACAACAUUCGUAAAAUAAAUCAAAUUGUUGAUCGUACUACACGACGAUUUUUCAAGCGCGAGCCUUCUGAGAAUCCUUACGAAUUCAAUGAACCAGGUGAUCGUACGAAAAAACGUAAAAUGAAUAACACGACAACUAAAAAAGCAAAACAGAAGCCGGACGAUGCUGAUCCAGAUUUUUUGCCAAAUAGAAAGGCAAUCAAAAAUAAAUGUAAUGUUUCUCGCCGUAACAAAACUGGAAAUUUACAAAGUAAAACUAAAACUGAGAUGAACGUUUCACAACCCGUACUGUUGAAAACAGAACCGUUAACUCAACGAAAAUCUCUGCCUCGUAAGACGAAACCGUCCGCAAUAGUGGAUUUGAUAUCUGACACAGAACAUACAGAUAAUGAUGAUUUAAUACCGUUGAAAAACUCUUCGAUACGGCUACCGAAGGAAGACACUUUCCAAGAUUUUAACAUUUCUCCCAUGGAAUCUGAGCACUGGCAGAAUCGACGAUCACUCGAGCCAAAAGCUAAAGAUUCCACACACAAACCAUCCAUCAUGCCGACUGGCUUAAAAAGUGGCAAACGAACUCCAGGCGUCAAUGCAAUGAAAGGAAACUCUAAAACUAGGGCAUUGAUUGAUGCAUCCACAGAGAACGUUGACUCAAGCACCAUGUUUACACUAAGAAAUUUCAACAAACCAACAGAAAAUGUUCUACAAAAAACUACAAUGGAGAUAAUUGAACAAGAAAAAAUAAAGAAUCAAAAGCGUGAAUCAUUCUCUUCAUUAUCGGAGAACAGUGUAGGAUGCGUUGUUUCAAUAAAGUCAAUAACUCCUCCAUGUAAACAAACUGAAAAGGUAAUUCAACCGAAACUAACUAAGGAACGUAUUGAGCAACAUUUGGCAAACGAGAGUCUUUCUACUUCACCGCAGCAAUCUGCAGGAUUGAGUCGCUGUUUCAUUCGAUCUCACCCGGAGAGCUUAUCUGAUAGCCGUGCUCGGGAUGGCAUCGCAAAAUAUAACAUGGAGUAUGCACAUAGUAAUUUCAUGUUAAAUAAGUACAUCGCAGAAAGUCAUAACGUUGAUAGACCAGCACAAACAGACGAGGGUGGAGCAAAUGGUGAACCUCAAGAGGGCGAUGUAAGUGUUCAGGUUUCAUCAAUGCGAGAGGCACCUGUUAGAACAUCAGUGUCUUGCGAUUCUUUAUCUACCCACUAUCCUAUGAUGAAGAACAUCACAACUGAAAAUAUACAUGAUGAGCUUGACAAGAAUAAAACAAAUACUGACCAUAAGCCUUUCGAACAAUUUGAUAGAAGUUCAUUCAAGCGCAUUUCUUCUGAUGAGGAAAAUAUUGGUACUCAUGUAAAAGUGUCUCAGGUUCAGACAGAAAGGCAAAAAACUUCAGCAGCGAAGCCUGUUAAAGAACGCUCGAAUUUAGCUGCUGUUAUGAUAGCAAAGUUCAAAGAAAAUUUGCACCAGCAGCUUAAUCCGGCUUUAAGUGAAAUGGAGAAUAAGAUAGGUAAGCUUAAUGGUAUGCAAAAAGUUUUCGAGCAGCUUUCGACCGAUUUCCACGCGAAGGAAAUCAGUAUGAAAUGCAAAGAGAUAGUAGCACUAGAAGAGAAGCUAGAUAAACUUCUUGAUGAUGUGGCUUCAUUGUGUAAGGACUCUAAUGAAAGAAGCAACUAUGCUUUCCAGCUAGGCAAGAAUCUAGUCAAAUACGACAAGUCCAAGCGUAAAGACUACAUAGAUCAACUGGAUAUUGGUCGACAGGAAAUGCCGCUCAUAGUCAAUGACUGCAUUAAAGACGUCUGGAACGAACAGGUGUACACCAGGAAGCUUCAGCUAGAGUUACUGCUUAAAAAAAUGUUAAUGUGAGCUCUAAUGUUUUCUUUCUUGUUAUAUUCUUGUAAAAAUUGUGUCGUUCAAUUGAGUUUCGGAGCAUAUCUGAAUAAUUGUAAAUGUACAAACCUAAUAUAUAUUUCUCCAUAAUAACUUACCUGGUUGAAUUGUUUCGGCAUUCCUUCGCUGGCCCAUCCAUCAUGAAGGCCUCGAAGAGUGCAGAGUAGAUCAGAUAACGCACUGCGAUGGAAAAUAAAAUCGUAUCGGUCUAAGUUUAGAGGCCCGGAUAUUCGUUUUCGUUCAGCGGUGUACGGUACCUAGAACUGCGACGUCCAGUCUAAUGCGAUGGAUUUUAAGAUAAAGCUAACGAGCCACACCAAGUCAGCAGUGCUGGAACAGACGAUGCCCUUUUUUUUGUAACGCACAGAUUAAAAUUAAACUUUCUUGCUAACAGGCGUGUUGAACCCGCCAAAGGUUAACAAUAUUCGUGGACUCGCUUGAGAUAGAAGAUGCAGUAACCUAGGUGAUGUCAUCAAAAAAUCAAACCGAACUAGUAAUAAAACACCAACUCUAUUUGUUCAGCUUGUCCAUUUACAAGUUUGUUUUGGGUUGCUCAAUAAUAAAUACCAUGACCAUC